UCCAGCUCACCAGCUCCGUAGAACAAUAAAUUCGGAUUUUCAGAUUAGGUUUCUCUCUCCACUCUCUCACCCUCUACACUGCAUUGCGGCUAGGGUUUCCCCCAAUCCAUUCUCUCAUCUCUCUAACAGCACUAGGGUUUUGUGUGUUUCCGAUCUGCUCGAUUGAUUGAUGAUGGGUGUGAAGUGGAGUUAGGGUUUUGUGGUCGCCUGACGCUGAAAGCUAGGAUUUCUAUUGGUGUGGGUGAGACCAGAAAUGGCGACUGCGAACCCUUUUGAUUUGUUGGGCGAUGACGAUAACGAUGACCCAUCACAGCUGAUCGCUGCUCAGCAGCAGAAGAUCGUACCCAAGAAAGCCACGGCUCCAGCGGCAGCCAAGGCUCAGCCGCCACAGCAGCAGAAGCCGGCGGCUAAGCUGCCCAGCAAGCCCGUCCCUCCAUCUCAGGCUGUGAGGGAGGGAAAGACUGAAACUGGACGUGGAGGGGGCCGUGGUGGUGGACGUGGGUAUGGACGUGGACGUGGUGGAGGUGGAGGUGGAGUUGGAGGUGGAGGUGGAGGUGGAAGUGGAUUUAAUAGAGAGACGGCCUACAGUGAGAAUUCAUUCAGCACCAGCAAGUAUUCUAGUGGUCAAGGUGCCCCCGAAGAGGCAGAUACUGGAAAACUUUCUGAAAGGCGCGGGGGCUAUGGUGGACCCCGGCCUUUCCGUGGAGGUGGAGGUCGCCGCGGUGGUUUUGGUAAUGAAGAGAUGGGGGACGAGGAGCGCCCUCGUAGGGCAUAUGAACGCCGUAGUGGAACUGGGCGCGGAAGUGAGAUCAAACGUGAAGGAUCUGGUCGAGGAAACUGGGGAACUCAGAAUGAUGACCUUGCUGAGGUGACUGAGGAAGUCAACGAAGGUGAGAAAAAAGCUGCUGAGAAGCUGCCCGGAGAGGAGAAUGCAACAGAUGGCAGCAAAGAAAUUCCUGCAAACGAAACUGAAGAAAAAGAGCCUGAAGCUAAGGAAAUGACACUUGAAGAGUACGAGAAGGUCCUGGAAGAGAAGAGAAAGGCUCUGCAGGCACUUAAAACUGAGGAAAGGAAGGUGGAUGUUGACAGGGAGCUCAAAUCCAUGCAGCAACUUUCAAGCAAGAAGGGCAAUGAUGACAUAUUUAUUAAAUUGAACUCUGAUAAGGAUAAGCGGAAAGAAAUUGCUGACAAGGAAGAGAGAGCCAAGAAGUCUGUCAGCAUUAAUGAAUUCUUGAAGCCUGCUGAGGGAGAAAGGUACUACAAUCCUGGUGGUCGGGGUCGGGGACGUGGCCGUGGUGGUUCAAGAGGAGGAGGUUUCAGUGGCGGCCGCCCAAUGAGCAGUGUGGAAGCAGCCCCUUCCAUCGAAGAUCCUGGGCAGUUCCCAACAUUAGCUGCCAAGUAAGAUUUAUUCCCUGCCUGCCCCCCAACCUCGUUCUCCUUGCAUCUGCUCCUACGGUCUCUCCAAGUCUGAGCGGCAGGAAAUUGUCUAGAAUAAUGGGGUUUCCUGUAUCAGAAAGGUCUAUUUAAGUUUUUAUUAAAUGUAAAUUUUGGUGUUUCUUCAUGUGUAACCCUGUAGCUUUCUUCUUCCCUUAUUGUCUUCCUUCCAUGUUUUACACUCUGGAGGUUGGGGCAUAUGGAGCAUAUUUAUGACUUGGUUUAUUGAUGCUCAGUUUUGAUUUGGAAUAGAUGGAAUGGCCAUUCAGUUAUCA